GUCUUAUUUCAAAACAUUUUGCAAAGACCGAACACGCAAAGAUUUUUAUUUAAUAUUAAAUAUUAAAUUGUUUUAGAAUUGUGACGGUAUUUGAUUAACUUACAGACUCAGCGGUAUAUGGACCAUAAUCAGUAGGACCCGGAAUAAAUAGUGUGAUAAAAUACCAUGGAUGCAGCCGUUUCGUCCAGUACCGACCGCAGCAGCCUCCAGCAAAACCCGGCAGUUCGCCGUCGGCAAAUGAGGCAGAAAGUGCUGAACCGAAUUCGGAAGGUUAACAUCAAGAAUAAGGGAGUGAAAAGCUUCUACUACUUUACGUAUGAAACGGUGGCGGCGGAUGGCAAAAGCAGGUCCGGUUCCAGCGCUUCUACGUACUUUUUCAAUGGAGAACCGUGCGAAGGGGACGAGCAAUUCCUCAAGCAAAUGAAACGCAGCGUGUUCGUUACCAAUGUGGCGGCUGGAACGAGAAAGUCUGAGCUGAAAGAAUUGUUUGAUCGCUAUGGGAAAAUCGAUAGUAUCCAACUUAAAUCAAGGAAUGGGGAAACGAUUGUUGGCAGACAGCAUAUUUCCCCAUACAGUCCGAUUGUAGGAAUCAUAAAAUUCAACAAGAAGGAAGAAGCGGAACAGGCUUGUGAUUCGAAGGAUGUGAGGUUCCCGGCAAAAUUGAUCGAUCUUCGUUCAAAUUACGAAAAACAGAAUUCCAUUCGUGUCGAAAACAUAGAUCCAAAGGUAACCAAAACGGAGUUGAGAGAACAUUACAAAAAAUUUGGAACCAUACUCGGCAUUUCGCUUGAAACAAAUGAUGGUUCUCUCAUAUUGACGGACAAGGAGUAUCAAAAGCUAAGCUUUGUUUCCUGUUACCUUCGGUUCAGUAGGAGGAGUGAAGCUAAGAUAGCUCGAGAGAUGCACGAAUACAUCUUCCGAGAUAGAAAGCUGAGAGUAGAGCUAGCCUACCAGAAGCAUUGCGAUCCCAACAAGCUGAGCAACAAUGUUUUGCGAAUGUUUUUCCAAAAUGUGGGCAACGUCGUUGCACUGGACCAGAUUCCGCACCAACACAUGGGCUACGUGUGCUACAAGAAUCCAUUAGCACCGGAAACCAUCAAACGAUUGAACCAACGCAUCUAUCGUAACAAGAAAAUCCACUUCGAAAAGCUAGACAUUGGAAAUUUGGUCAAGAAGCAGACAAAGUCCGGCGGGGAUGCAAUGGACAUCGGAGCAAGCAGUAUUCAGGAAGCGCAUCUGGCUCUGACACCGAAUGCAGCGGCUACAACUUCAUCAGUAGGCGGUUCCACGGCCAAGAAGGCAAAAAUAAAGAAUAUACAGAAGAAGAUGGCGAACGCCGGGGGCUCGCCGGCAACCCCCGGUGGUGUGCUGAAGAAGAAAAUGCCGCGGAAGAGUACUCCGGGUGGUGCCAAGGGAAAGGCCGGUGAUAAAGCUAUCAAAGCUGUGAAGGAAGAGAUGUCAUAAUCGAUUAUAAGUUCAAAUCUAUAAUACCUGUAAUCCAUAUUCCAUGGAUUUUUUUCUCUAUAAGUAGUGCGAUAACUUUCUUAUAAUAAAUAUUCAAGAUAUGAAUACUA